AUGGCCGAUACACAGGAAAAGCUCGCCACGACCCCUCAAGGCACUAGCCGAGAGGGGUCUAUCUAUCCCGAACAACAAACUCCACAGGCAGCUGAGAAGUCUCACCCAAACAAUGAGUUUGUCGACUACUUCACACAGGAGGUUCGCACGACACUAUUCGUUGAGCUACAACUACUGCUCAUAACAUUCUGUACAGGUAUCCAAGAUGCAACUACGUUUCCAGACUAUCACUGCUUUGCCUCGAACCAGACUGGCAACACCAUCUUUCUUUGCCUGGCAUUGAUAAUACCAAAACUGAACGGCGAUAUGUUCUACACUUCAAGUAUUGGCACAGGAUUGGGAGUCUUCCUGGGUGCAGGAUGGUUGACUGGCCAACUGGGCCACAUCGUUGGACCUCGGAAGCGAUGGUGGCUUAUUCUAUGCAACUUGAUUCAAACUUGUCUCGUCUUUGCUGCCACCGCAGUUCAAUAUCGAUAUGGAGUUGAAGACCACGGUCCGAAAGCCCUUAUUGUUGUAGCCCUGCUGGCAUUCGCCGCUGGUAGCCAGGUAGUCCAAUCCCGAAGCCUAGCUGCAACUGAAAUCAGUACUGCAAUGGCGACUGCAGCCUGGGUAGACUUGAUGAUCGACCGGAGACUCUUUGUCGUGGACAACCGACCCCGGACGAGACGGGUUGCUUUCCUUUUAGCACUUGUCGUGGGAGGUUUGAUCGGUGCCUUGCUCUAUCGGACUGCCGGGUCAGCAGCGGCCCUGGCUGUGUCUGGAGCUGGCAAAGCACUCGCCAGUUUGCUGUACAUUUUCUCAGGGGGUGAAAAGAAGAAAGUCGACGCAUCGGAAGUUUGA